GAUCCGACGUGAGUAAAAACCCCACUACACGUGACCCCCCUCUACGCUCUCGCCUAGGGUGCCCACAGGAUCAAAAUUGGCCUUUAGCUUUCACGGGAUCGCGAACUUUUCUACUUUUUGUCACACCGAACAACCUCACCACCGAACUCGAAGGUUUCAGUCUCCGCCCAACUUGCGGUUAAAGUGAUUGAUUUCUCGUGUUCUCUUCCGACUUCAGAUAAACCACUAUCAAAAUGAAGCACCUCGCAGCUUACCUUCUUCUCGGCCUCGGAGGCAACACCUCCCCCUCUGCCGCCGAUGUCAAGGCCGUUCUCGAGUCCGUUGGCAUUGAGGCCGACGACGAGCGCCUCAACACCCUGAUCUCCGAGCUUGAGGGCAAGGAUAUCCAGCAGCUCAUUUCUGAGGGCUCUGAGAAGCUCGCUUCCGUUCCCUCCGGCGGUGCUGGUGGUGCCGCCGCUGGUGGUGCUGCUGCCGCUGGCGGUGCCGCUGAGGAGGCCAAGGAGGAGGAGAAGGAAGAGGAGAAGGAGGAGUCCGACGAGGAUAUGGGCUUCGGUCUCUUCGACUAAGCGAUCUCUAUCUAAAGAUCUGCACGGUUACGACGCCUCACGAAUUUCGAAGUUGCUACGCACGGGUUGUUCACCAGUUCUUACAUGUCAUUGGCGUGGAUGGAUUGGCCGCUCAUGGCUGGAUUGGGUCUCUCUAAAAAUGGGAUAAAUACGGUCUAUGGAAAUUAAAAAGGCGGUUCGGCUCUUCGAAUAUUUGGUUCCA